CACCCAAGCUCAAUCCCCACGCGGCGCGAACGUCGACCUCUGCUCUUCAUUUCCAUGGGAGGACUCCCGCGCGGUCGCCUUCCACCUCCGUCGCGGCGACGGUGCGUCAGUCUCUCUCUUCCUUCCCGAUGGAACGCUGGUGGCUGCCUCUUCACCCCCUUCUCCGAACCGACUGGCUGGUGGUACUUUUGUAGCAUUUUACUUGUAAUCUGGGGCUUUAUUCCUACAAAAAAGAGAACGAUCCCCAAGCUCAAGCCAAAGAGGAAUUUCACUUGGUCACUAGACUCGCUACAAAUGGAGUGAGCACUAUCGUAAACUCUCUUAAUUAGUUGCAAUUCUAAUUAAUUGACACCUAGCUUAGUUAGCCUUGGAUCCGCUGGUCAAGUCUGACAUGCAAAUCUUGUGGAAAGACUUGACUAGAAUGUCAUGCAUAUUCAUCCUGAUUAAAAAUUGGUACGUAGUAUAAUCCGUAUGUGCAACUUUGGAACUUGUCAGAACGUGCAACCCCAUCAUAUCAUGUUCACUGCACGAGAGAACAGAAGAGGUAUUUUCUUUUACCUCCUAAUGAAUGACCUUCCAUAUUAGUGUAUGUUUAACUCAACAUCUGAAAUUUUAUCGGAUUAUCACAUUCGAAAUUACUUUAACCCCUCGUAGUUGAAAUAAGCUCAAAGAAUCCUCCUCCGGCCUGGUCCAUGCAUUUAAUUCGUUCUCCCUUCAAUUCGUGUCCCGUACUGCUCCUACUGUGUAGGCACAUGCUGCAUGCCCGGACUCACUGCGCAGGGUGCACGGCACAGACUCUCAUCCACUCCUUUCCUCAUGCCUGCCCGGACUCACUGCGCAGGGUGAACGGCAGAGACUGCUUUCCUUCCUCCUGCCUUCCUAGCUCCCUAACUUGGAUUUUUCUCACUUGGAACAUUUGAUUUGAUUGAGUACCGGCUCUAAAAGGAUUUGAUUAAUUUGCGGUUAAACCUAUGGUGUUGUUCAUCUACCUGCACUUACACCCCCUCUGUGAAGUAUGAUUAUAUUUUAUUUUGUCUCAGUUUUCUCAUGCAAAUCUUCCUCUAAACAUAUUUUCUCGAAAUGGCACGAAUAAUUCCUGAUAAUAGAAAAUAAAUAAAUAAUCGGCUGUAUGACCAUCAUCUGUCCUAUAUAGACACAGAAAGUGUAGUUAAUGUGAUGGACCAGAACAUUGAUGCACAGUGUGUAACUGUGUGUAUCAUAUGGUCUGAUUAAUGUUGGCUGAGGGUGGAGCAUAGUCUGAGUCUGUGAAAACUUAAGGCUCACUGAGCAUUAAAUUUCCUGCAGCGCUUGACUCCUCACUGGUGGAGUGAGUAACUACAUUUUCCUUGCACCUAAUUCUUAAGCCUCUCCUGCAUACUUCUUCUUCUUGCUGUUCUUCCUUAGCUAGUCUGCCAUUUGGAUCGGUGUUGGUGGAUCAUUCUGCUGCCUCAUUUCCCGGGUGGAAGAGGCAAAUCAGAAACAAGAAUCUAUCGAGCAGGCCGGCCUGAGAGACUGAGAGAAAGAGAGAGGGGGGGCGUUGGGCUUGGGCAUCCGGUCCUCCCCGAGCUGAGCGAGCUGCUCCUCAAGGAGUACAACCUCGAAGCAGAGGGAGAAGGAUACUGUUAAGAAGGGGGUCAUGGACCUCAAGGCCACGCAAAGCUGCUCUUGAGAAGGUCUCCAAUGUGCAUUAAUUUGCUGUAGCGCCUGACUUCCACCUAAGGUAUGGUAUCCAUGAUCCACAUAUGCGCAUGCGCCAUGCUAAGAUAAGCCAGCGCAUAAUCACGGUCGCACCGGUGGAGACUCUCCGAUCGAGUUGAGUUCCAGUGAUGGCUGAGCUCGCCGGGGGCGCCGUCCGCUCGCUGCUUGGCGUCAUCCAUGACGAGGCUAAGUUACUAGGCGGCGUCCGUGGCGAUGUGCAGUUCAUCAAAGAGGAGAUGGAGAGCAUGAACAGCUUCCUCCUGCACCUCGCCAGGAAGACGCCCCGCAGCGGGGAGCACGACGAGCAGGUCCGCACGUGGAUGAAGCAGGUCCGCGACCUCGCUCAUGACUGCAGCAACUGCAUCGAUGUCUACCUACGGCGCGGCAAUCCGGCAGUCUACCGUGCCAGAGGAAUACUGCUGGGUUACGUGUGGUGGGUGCCUUGGUUCGUGAAGAAGACGCUCGCUCAGCACCUCGCAGCCACCCAGCUGCGCGACCUCAAAGCCCGGGCUCGUGAUGUUGGGGAGCGGCGGCUCAGGUACGGCGUUGAGGUCCCGGCGAAGCUGGACUUCGACCAAAAGCUGAUGGAGGCGUCGUCGUCAUCAACAUUGUUCCAAGCUACUAGGGCAGUUGUAGCCGAAGGAGACCAUGACUUCGAAGAAGACUACUACCGGAUGAUAAGUGAUGAUCCACGAAGGGAGCAAGCCUUUUCCGAGCCUCGCAUUUCUGACAAGUGCACUGAAAAGCUAGUCCGCUGGCUUGAACAACAACAAGAGGAUGGUCCAUUCCAAGCCAUUGCCAUUGCAGCACCAGAUGAAGAGGAUGGAAACGAAAUACCAAAUGAAGCUUUAUCUCAUGUUGCCGUUAAGGAAAAAUUCGACCACAUCUUCUCUCUAUAUGACUGGUCUUGCCUGAAAGAACCCUGGGAUUUUCUUGAUGAUAUCUUGGAGAACCUUGAAGAGGAAUCCAACAAAUCCGUCGAAGAAUUUGGUGAGGAAGCUAUCGACAAGAAGAUUAGGAAAAUCGAGGAGAAGAUCGAAGAGUACCUGGAGAAAGCUGGUAAUAAAGGUUACCCGGUUGAACCCUUAGCAGUACUCUGUGGCAUCUUGGGGGUGCUGCUCCAGGAUGCAACUGCCGGUGAGGAUCAAAGUCAAACCCAGGAAAAGAUCCUUGACGAGACAGUGGAUAAGAUGAAAAGGUAUCUGGAAUCAACGGGUGAAUCGAGUUCCUGCAGGAUUGGUGUUGAGCAUCGCCAAUACAUAGCCAUCCUAUAG